CCGCUGACAGUGCUGUAGUUAGGAAGUAUGUAUUGAUUUUUAUCUCGUCCCUUUUUCGAGUUUUCCGCACGUUCGGAGUUUAAUAUUAUAAAAGUUAAUUUUUUAUCGUUUUUCUCGGUUAUUUUUUUAAUUUUUAUUAUAGUGUUAUUUAUACUUGUGUCUGUUUCACCGUUUUUACCAAAUGACGCGUUUAUGAGACCCAAUCGUUUUCGGCUAGUCUGUGUAUCUAUUUCGCGUUUCCAUACUGUAAAUAAUGGCUAAAGACAGGCUAGCGGCUUUAAAAGCGGCUCAAAGUGAUGAUGAAGAAGGAGGCACCGAUGAUGUGGCUGUCAAUUUGGAGGGCCGACAAGAUGGAUCAGGAGCUGGAUUUAUGGAUAAAUUUUUUGAAGAGGUGGAGGGUAUCCGAGGGAUGAUAGAUAAGAUUCAAGCAAAUGUGGAAGAAGUGAAGAAAAAACAUAGUGCAAUUUUAUCUGCUCCUCAGACUGAUGAAAAAGUGAAACAAGAAUUGGAAGAUCUUAUGGUGGAUAUAAAAAAAACUGCUAAUAGAGUCCGUGCCAAACUCAAAGAAAUUGAACAGAAUAUAGAAGCAGAAGAGCAAUUGAACAAAUCAUCAGCAGAUUUAAGAAUACGCAAAACACAACAUUCAACAUUGUCACGUAAAUUUGUUGAAGUGAUGACAGAAUAUAACCGUACACAGACAGAUUACAGAGAACGUUGUAAAGGUCGAAUUCAAAGGCAAUUAGAAAUAACGGGAAGAACAACUACUAAUGAUGAACUUGAAGAAAUGUUAGAACAAGGAAACCCGGCUGUGUUCACGCAAGGCAUAAUUAUGGAAACACAACAAGCUAGGCAAACAUUGGCUGAUAUUGAAGCCAGGCAUGCUGAUAUUAUAAAACUGGAAAACUCAAUCAGAGAACUUCAUGAUAUGUUCAUGGAUAUGGCAAUGUUGGUAGAAAAUCAAGGUGAACUUAUUGAUAGAAUAGAAUAUCAUGUAUCAUUCACUGUUGAAAAAGUUGCUGAAGGCAAAAAAGAAUUGGAUGUUGCUGAAGAUUAUCAUAAAGGAGCCCAAAAAAAGAAAAUCAUGAUCCUGAUAUGCUUGACAAUUCUCAUUGUUAUUCUUGGAGGAUUUGUGAUGAGUUUUCUUCCCAAGCUCCAUUAAAUUUAUAUCUUCGUGAAAAUAAGUAAGCAUAGAGCAAUUUUUUGACGGGUACAUCCGGCAGAGCAGUCACUCAAUACCUACUAGUUCUUCGGCUUGUAAAGACUGGAAUAGUGUACGAAAAACAACAUUUUAUUCAUUUAAUUUAUUAAAUUUUUAUUUCCUUUUCCUGCCUAAAAAAAAAACAAGUAAAAAAGUCCAUGUGAUUUAUUUAUGAACGCUGUCUGUCCUGUUUUAAAAGUAACUAUAUUAUAAUAUUUAUUGUUUUUAAAACCUCUUUCUUAAUUAUUUAUAGUUAUAUUGUUAUUGAUAAAAUUAUUAGAUUUUUAAAACCAAUUUAUAUAUCUAUAUAUAAUAAUUAUUUACUAUAUAUUAUAAUAUAGACAUUCAUGUGAUAAUUCGUUAAGAUAUUCAAAAAAAAUUUGGCUUCCUCGUUUUAUCAUUUUAUAAUUUCUGCAGUGCGAUGCGUAGGUGAAUUGGAAAUAAUGUCAAUUUUUAAAUAAAAAAAAAAAAUAGUUGUUUUGUUCUACUUAAGUAUUAUUCAUCAGUAUAUGCUUUAGAAGGACUAAUGUAUUGUUUUUACAUUGGUUUUCUUUUGAGAUUAUUAUUUUUUGUUUUAGUUUUAGUAAAUCCCAUAAUAGUUUUAACUAAGUAAAAGUGCCUUGGAGUAGUCAUCAAAUACCAACAGUAAUUUAGACAUUAAUGCUUAUUAAUAUUUGAAAAUGCAUAUUAUUAUCAAUAUUAAUGUACAUUAACUAUGUAUUAUUAUUGUUGUAAUUCUAAAUUUAACAUUUUUUUUUUUUUUUAAUUAUUGUUUCAUUUUGAAAAUUUAAUUUUCCUUCACCUUUUUAUUAAAAUUAUGGUAAUAAUAAAUAACAAAACUGUUAGAAAUGUAUAGCCAUUCAAAGUUUCAAAAAGUGUUUACAUAAUACAUGUUUUCCCAACAUAUAUUUUGUAGAUCUCAAUUUACUACUAAAUUUCUUAUAUAAAGUGGAAUUCGCUCAAGACAUAUUAUUUAUUUCUGAAGUUUUUUUUUUAAUUAUUUACACAUCUCAUUUGACAAUAUUAUGUCUUAAUCAAUUAUUUUUUAUUUUUCCUGUGUAAGAGUGUUACCUAUUUUUAUUUUAAACUAUUAUACUAGUAUUUUCGUAAUUAAUUUUUUUAAACUAUUUUAACAAUUAUAAUGUAAUUUUAAAGAUAUUUGGUACUAUGCUUUUUUUCUUGAUAUUCUAUGUUUUUAGUCACAGUAUUCGUAUUUACAGACUUUUUUUUACAAUGUAAUUUAAAUUAGAAAAAAAAUAUAAAUACAUACAAUUUUACUGUAAAUACAUUUAAUUAUACUACAUGUUUUGCCAUAUUGCUGUUAUUGUGUUCUAAUCAAAUUACAAUAUUAAUAAUUAAUACCAUUUUUAGAAAAAAUAAUAGAUUAUUUAUUAUACAUUUCAUAAUUAUUAUUCUCUUUAUUUAUUUAUGUUUUUGUUUUAUUUUAUUAUUAUUUGUUAAUGAUAGAAAUGUAAUUUACAUUUUCAAUCAGAAUAUACAAUUUUAUAGAUUAGAGAACUAUUUUCGUUUUUUUUUUAAUUAUAGAAUAUUAAUUAAAUUAUGAAUAUCUAAAAUAUAAAAAUUGUACAGUGAAAAAAUUGUUUCUUGUUAAAUUUGUUGAUCUUUGCCUAUAAUUGUAGUGAAGAUAUUAAUUUUUUUUAAUGUUUAAGUGUUAAUAUUGUAAAAAUAGUGCAAUUUAAGUCUUUUUAAUAAAACAAUUUGUUUUUAUUAGUUAUUAAGAGAGCAUUUUAUUAAAUGAUACAGAAAAUCAUCAAUAAGAUUUUUUUCUUUUUUAAAUUCUUACAGCCUAAGUUAUAAAAUUAGUACGUCAAUUUUGUUUUUAAUUAAUAAGUAAUUUUAAUAGGGCCAUGACAAAUAGUUUUUUUUUUGCACACUUAGCUUUACAAUAAAAUCAAUUGAACAAUGAAAUUUGAUAUUUGAAAGAAAAAAAUGUUUAGUGUUCUAAUCACCAUUAACCCAUUGGGCACUUAAUAUAUUCCAAUGUCAUUUUUCUUUUGUCAAUAUAACUUGUACUUAUCACAUCUAUUUUGUGUACUUUGUUUUGACACAUUGUCAAUCAUAUUUUUAAACAAAAUCAUACUACUAUUUAAUUGUAGUUGUUUUAGCAACAUUUUAAGAUGUUUUUCUGUUUAACUUGAAGUAUUUAAAUUUUUUGCUAUACAUAUUAUAUUUUUUGUAUGAUCUAUAUAGUUUAAAAGUAAAGUAUUAUAAUUAUUGUAGAUUUUUUUUUCUAAAAAAAUAAAAUGUUGAUAUCUGGUCAUAAAUACAUUUUUUUAUUGACCAUUGUCAGAAGUCAUGAUAUUGUAUCUACUUUUUAAUUUUAUCUGAUAAUAACUCAUUAUAAAGUAAUAUCAAAUUGGUAAUAAACUCGUAAUAAUGUAUUAAUA